UUUUUUAAUCGCCCACUAGAGGGCUGCAGCGCCGCAAUAAGCCUAGUUAAAGUGAACGUAAUGAACGAAAUGACGAAAGAUUCGUUCAUUUUAAUGAACGAGAUUUGGUGACUCAGUCUUUCAAAAGAGUGACUUUUCCCAUCACUAAAUUCGGAACUAUGUUUGAGGCGUCCUGAACAUGUUUAUUGAGCUUAACGAGCCAUUUAGACUAUCUAUGUUGGAACCAGCUAAUGUGUGUGUUUUUGUUGUUACCUGUUUAUGAGGUGUUGUGGAGAUGUACGUGUAUGAGCUGAUGGAGAGACCCCCCUCAGUGACGGAGAAUCAGCUGUGGUGACGCUGUUUGUUUCUCAGCAUUACCGCCACACCCUCCUCAGAGUGCAGCAGAAGCAGGAUGAGCAGCAUGAUGCGAGUCGCCCUGUUAGUUUUGGCUCUUACAGCAGUCUGCAGUGGUAUCCUCCCUGAGAUAGUGGACCCGGGCAUCACUCACAUCCUGGAGGAUAAUUCCGCCCAGGGACAAACGGAGCUGGACCGCAUGUUUGUAGAAGUGGAUCAGCUGCCAGAGGAUCCGCAGCAAAAGCCUGAGCAUGCGUUUCAUCAAAAGAACGAGAGCAUCAGUCAAAGCUCUCAUCCCAAUAGCCUUCCUCCAAGUCAUCACAAUGAAAGUGCCUCUGAUAAAGUGAUUGAUAACGAACCUGUCCACACCUCAGGAGAGCAGGAGACGAACAACAUUACCACAACCGUCCAGUCCAGUGACGUGGGGAACAACAUCGAUCAUGGAUGCAUCACUGAUGAGGACUGUGGGAAGGGAAGGUAUUGCCUUUAUGACACGCACAACUCCAAGUGUCUGCCUUGCAAAGCAAUCGAUGUGUCCUGCACUACGGAUAAGGAGUGCUGUGGUGAACAGCUGUGUGUAUGGGGUCAGUGCAGUCAAAAUGUAACAAAAGGAGAGGCUGGCAGCACCUGUCAGUACCAGACUGACUGCAGCCCAGACCUCUGCUGUGCUUUCCAUAAAGCCCUGCUCUUCCCAGUCUGCUCGGCCAAGCCCAUUGAGCGCGAGCGCUGCCUUGGUGCCUCUAACCACCUGCUAGAGCUGGUGUCCUGGGAUAUCCAGGAAGAGGGACCCAGAAAACAUUGCCCCUGUGCAGGAGAUCUCCACUGCCAACACCUGGGGCGAGGGUCCAUGUGCCUUAAAGGAGAAGACUCAAGUGAAGAGGACCUGACGGACACUCUGUACUCAGAGAUAGACUAUAUAAUCUAGACACAGCUUGAUUUGAUUUACAUUGCUGUGUAAACCGCUAGACAGAGGUCUCCGCUGACUCCAGAACUUGCAGUCAUAGCACUUUGUUUGCUAGCUUAAUGCAAUGUGAAAAAGCUAUACAGCAUGGAAAAUGGAUGAAAGAAUAUUUAUUUUAUUUGCUUUAAUUGAGACCUGAGGUUUACAAUCCUUAAAGGUUUCUGAAAAUGGAAAUAACAAAAAAACAGGACACACUAUAUUUGAAAACUCCAGUACUGAUACUGUAAGCUGGUUUCUUGACUAUUUGCUGCAUCUCUAACCCUUAUCUAAUGCUGAUCCCAGCCGUAACAUUAACCGUAACACACGCCGAAUGCAACUCUAACACAGAAAAACUGUAAACUACUCACCUCACUGUUAAAAACUGUGAGACCAAAAUACAACAGUUACCUUUGAGCCAACCAGUUUGCAGUCUUACUGCAUUUACUGUGCACUAAGAAGACACCACAUACCAUCAUGCUUCAUGUACUGUAUGAUGAAUGAAACAGUAUCACAGAAGCAGGCAAUAAUAAAUCAUGUUUGAGCCUCCAA